UUUCUGUUGAAUAUCUUGUUUUAAUUAAUUUAAAUAGUUAUGAUGAUGAUAUAAAUGUAUAGAUAAAAGUCUUAAAGAUUUGAGGACAAUGAUUAAUUACAUCUUGUUAAGGUGAUAAUUAAUAUUUAAAAUGGAUAUGCUGGAGCCAGGUAAACGAAUAAGUUUAAAACGCGCGCGUCCUAAUCCUUUAUUUCAAAGCUGGCUAGAGGAACUAGAAGAAGAGGCUAAGCAGAAGAAAAGCAAACAUGAAAAUAAGAUAACGGAAGCUUUAACUUCUCUUUCCAAAUAUCCUUUACCUCUACAUUCAGGUGCUGAGUGUGCUAUCCUUAAAGGUUUCGACAAACGAUUAUGUAUAUUCCUAGACAAAAAACUACAAACAUAUAAUACAUUUAAGGGGAUAUCUUUACAUUCUAUUGACCGGUUAAGUAAAGAAAGUAGAGUAGACCAUAUUUCAGAUAGAAUUGAUCCGAAAACAACAACAUACGAAACAGAAGAAUGUGAUAUAGAAAUUAUAGACGUUGCGCCAAAAUCUAAUAGCCAAGUAAGUACCAGUCCACUGAAUUCAGUGAGUCCUAGUAAAUCUAACUCUGACUCAAUUUAUAAGCCAUCUUAUGGAUCUGGAGGUUAUGCUAUUUUACUGGCAUUGUAUGAACAGUCUUAUAAGGAAAAUAAACUAAUGGAUAAGGAAACAUUGAUUGAACAUGCUGAAAAAUAUUGCAGUACAUCAUUUACUAUUAAAAAGAACACAUUCUAUACAGCUUGGGCCAGUAUGGGUAAAUUAAUAACUAAAGGCUUAGUUAGAAAAGCUAAAAGUGGCAAAAAAACUGUAUAUUCUUUAACCGAUGAAGGUUACUUAAUAGCAAGGAAUUUAUCAAAAAAUGCACCAAAAACAUCAAUUGUAGAGGACUUGAUUGGUAUUCACAAAAAUCCUCAACAAACAAUACAAAAUGAAUAUAAUUCAAAAGAUCUUUCAGUUGAAGAUGCUUCAACAAAUAGUCAAACUUCAGUACAAAAUUCACAAAUUAUUUGUAUGGAAAUGGCAGCAGAUACAUUUGAUAUAAUAUUACUAAUAGAUAAACAGGAAACAAGUGGAGUUAACAAUAAAAAUGAUCCGACAGUUGCACAAUUUAAAAAAUAUCCGAACAUAUACCAUGAGUACAGGUCACUAAAAGUUGGUGAUUAUACAUGGAUUGCUAGACGAAGAAACACUGAACAGGAGUUGGUACUACCAUUUAUUGUAGAAAGAAAGAGGUUAGAUGAUUUAGCGGCCAGUAUCAAAGAUGGCAGAUUUCAUGAACAAAAAUUUAGGUUAAGACGAUGUGGCAUAGAAAAUGUGAUAUAUUUAAUUGAAAAUUAUGGUGGUAAAAAGAAUGUAGGACUACCAGUACAGUCUUUAAUGCAAGCAUUAGCAAAUACAAGGGUAAAUGAUGGCUUUAAAGUGCAUAUAACUAAAUCUUUGAUUCACACAGCAAGAUUUCUGGCAAUAAUGACUAAAAGGCUUGCUUUCAGAUUUCAGAAUAAAAACUUAAAGGGAUGGAAUGCACCGCCUGAAGGACACACAUUAAUGACAUUUGAUUAUUUUAAUAAAACUACAGUAAAAAAUAAACCUUUAACUGUUACUGAGACAUUUAUUAAAAUACUACUUCAAUUAAAAGGAGUUUCUGUAGAAAAAGCUUUAGCGAUAACCAGUAAAUACCAAACUCCAAAUUCUCUUAUAAGUGCUUAUAAAGUUUGUAAUCAAAAAGAAGGUGAAUUUUUACUAGCAAAUUUAAAACAUGGAGAGUUAAAUAGAAAUGUUGGACCUACAGUUAGUAAAACAAUAUAUCAACUAUUUUCAAGAACUAGUUAAAAUUAUAUUACCCCGUGGGAGAAGAAAUAUUUGUUC